AUGGGCGCCCCGGCCGCCGCCUGGGUGCCGCUGUGCCUCCUCUGCGCGGCGCUGGCCGCCGCGCCGCCGCCGCCGCCCGCAGGUGCCUGUGUCUACCAAGGCUUGUUGUUUGAGAACAACACAAUUUGGAAGCCAGAUUCUUGCCAGGCCUGCAACUGCCAUAGCAAUAUUGUCACCUGUGAACCUACUGUCUGCAAACACCCACUGUGUGACUUUCAGAAGGGAGAAGUGCUCCAAAUAGCCCCCAACAAGUGCUGCCCCGAAUGUGCCUCGCGAGCUGAAGGAUUUUGCCAGCAUGAAGGACAGAUCCAUGGCCAUGGCACGCAGUGGGCCAGCUCUGGAUGUGUCCUGUGCUCCUGUGCCCACAGGAAGGUGAACUGCACUGCCAAGGUCUGCCCAGCCCUUGCUUGCAGUAGAGGGGAGCUGCAGUACACUGCUCAGGGAGCCUGCUGUCCCAAAUGUGUGGGCCUUGGCGAGUCCUGCUCCUUUGAUGGCCACUUGUUCCAGGAUGGAGAAGACUGGCGUCUUGGUCAGUGCUCCAAAUGCAUCUGCAGGAAUGGCGUGACUCAGUGCUUCGUGGCUUCCUGCCAGCCUGUGCUGUGCAGUCAGGAUGAAGUUAGGAUAAUGUCUCCUGGAAAAUGCUGCCCAGAAUGUAUUCCAAAACCGUGCUCCGUAUCAGGAAGAGUGUACCAGCAUGGUGAACAGUGGAAAAAAAAUGCCUGUACUACAUGUACCUGUCACCGAGGGGAAGUCAAAUGUCUAAGAGAGACGUGUGACUUGAUUGCAUGCGAGAAGGGGGAAAAAAAAGUGCAGCGUUCUGGGAAGUGCUGUGAGGAAUGUGUCUCUGCCAAGGGAAAUUGCUUCUAUGAUGGCACCGUCAGGUACCACAGUGAGAUGUGGAAUAGUACUCGCUGUGACUUCUGCAUGUGUGGUGGAGGGCAAGUUACUUGCCAGAAAGCAGUGUGCGCCAAAGUGGAGUGUGCCAAGGGUGAAGAAUUAAUUCACUUAAAUGGGAAGUGCUGUCCUGAAUGUAUUUCAAGUAACAGUUACUGUAUUUACAGAGAACAUACCAAAGAAGAUGGAGAGACGUGGAGAGAGGAGCUGUGCAGAGAAUGUGAAUGCCGGGAUGCAGAGGUGGUCUGCUUCCAGCGCUCUUGCCCGCCUUGCCCGCUGGGCAGCCUAGCUGUGGAGGUAGAGGGGGAGUGCUGCCCCCGCUGCGAGCCAGUUGAGUGCCACCCGGACUGUUUGACCUGCUCUCAGUCCUUUGAUCACUGUAACGUCUGCCGUGAUGCAAGGAGGCAGCUGCAGAACGGACGCUGUGUGGAGACAUGUGAAUCAGGCUUCUACCAGGAUGCAGGGACUUGCUUAGCCUGCAAUGAAACAUGUUCAGCCUGUACCAAUGGAUUUGAGUGCUCCUCAUGCCAAGCAUCCCUGCUGCUGAAGAAUGGGCAGUGUGUGACUUCAUGUGGGCGGGGGUUCUUUCAGGAUCAGCUCCUUUGUGCAGCUUGUCACAAGUCCUGUUCCUCCUGCUGGGGAGCUGAUGAGAACAAUUGUUUAUCCUGCAAAGACACAUCACACAUACUGAAAGCAGGGCUAUGUGUGGCCAGUUGUGGACAGGGAUUUUACAUGAAGGAUGGAAUCUGCAGCGCUUGUGACCAGUCCUGUGAAACAUGCUAUUCAGACCAACCCAGAUGUUUAACCUGUGCUUCGGAUAAGAUGUUACAUGAUGGGAAAUGCGUUUCAGAGUGCCCAGAUGGAUAUUUUCCCGACAGCAGUGGAAGAUGCAGAGCUUGUCAUGAUUUGUGCUCCACUUGUGAGGGACCUUUGGCCACCCACUGUACCUCCUGUUCCCUUCCUCUGGCAUUGCAUCAAGGACAGUGCCUGCAAGGCUGUGGAGAGGGUUUUUAUCAGGAUCAAAAUGUCUGCAAGGGUUGCCACCCAUCCUGUCGCACCUGCAUUGGCCCAGAGGCCUUUCAUUGCGUGCAGUGCAGGGUGCCAGAUGUACUGCAGCCUGACCAGCAUGUGGAAGGAGAUGUACAUGGCCUUUGCCUCUCUCACUGCCAAGCCCAGUUCUACCUGGAGAGCACAGGGGUGUGCAGACAGUGCCACUCCUCCUGUGCAGGCUGCAUGGGGAGCACUUCCCAGGACUGUACGACUUGUCCAUCUUCCCAUGUCCUGCUUGAAGGCCGGUGCCUCUCCGAGUGCCCAGAGGGGCUGUUCAGCCACGAAGAUCACUGCUACUCCUGUCAUCCAUCCUGCAAGACAUGCCAUGGCCCUGCUGACUUGGAGUGUGUAACCUGCCAUCCCCAUGCAACUCUAGCUGGUGGAAAGUGCAGGACUAGCUGCAAGGAAGAGCAGUAUCUCAACCUGGUGGGAUAUUGUGUGGACUGCCAUCCUUUGUGCCAUCAGUGCGUGGCCAACCUGCGGGACACCGGCAGCAUAUGCCUGAAGUGUCAGAAUGCCCGUCACUUGCUGCUGGGGGAUCACUGCGUUCCUGACUGUCCAGUGGGGUACUAUGUGGAGAACGGUGCCUGCAAAAGAUGUCACCCCUCAUGCAAGACCUGCAGCGGCAGAGGCCCUUUUUCCUGCUCUUCCUGCAACAGCAGCCUGGUUCUGUCCCACACCAGCAUGUGUGUUCCAGUCUGUUCCCCAGGAUACUACAGAGAUGAGAGCCAGACCUGCAAACCUUGCAACAGCCAGUGCCUGAGCUGUGAGUCAUUCGCAGGCUGUACGUCUUGCAGAGAUCCAGCUAAGGUCUUAUUGUUUGGAGAAUGCCAGUACGAAAGCUGUGCUCAGCAGUAUUACCUUGAUUUUUCCACCAGGACAUGCAGAGAGUGCGACUGGAGCUGUAAUGCUUGUAAAGGCCCCCAGAGGACUGACUGCCUGCAGUGCAUGGAUGGCUACGUUCUCCAUGAAGGAGCUUGCAUGGAACAGUGCCCCUUAGCUUUCUACAAGGAGUCAGACACUUGCCAGAGGUGUGAUGAACACUGCCUUCAGUGUCACCAACCAGAUGAAUGCAGCCUUUGUGAAGCCCCGUUUUUCCUCCUGGGCACUCACUGUGUUCGCGAUUGUGGGAAGAGAUAUUAUGCAGAUAAUGCACAGCAAAAAUGCACAGCUUGUCCUCGUGGAUGCUUGGAGUGUGUCAGUGACAGCCUGUGCCACCUCUGUGACAGCACCACCUUCCUAAAGAACAAGAUUUGUGUUUCUUCCUGUGGCCAGGGUUUCUAUGAAAACAUGUGGACCAGAGAGUGUGAAGCCGGCAAGCAUCACUUGAGUUUCCAAGUGAAUAACACCCUCACAGUAGGGAUUGGUGGGGUAAAGCCCCUAGACCUCUCCUUAUUAGGGAUACAUGACAUAGGUGGUGACACAGGACAGCUCUUGUUCCAUAUCGACAGUGCUCCCUCCAACGGCAAGCUGGUGAUGGUGGCGAAUGGGCAAGAAGUGCAGCUAAGCAAAGGUGACCACUUCAGCUGCAAGGAUGUGGAGGAAAAGAGAGUCCGCUUUAUACACAGCAAAGAGAAGGCCAGGAAAGGGCAGUUUUCCUUGAAGGUCAGCGAUCAACAGUUCUUCUCCCAGCCUGAGGUGGUCAACAUUCAAGCACUUUCAACACAGGCCCCGUAUGUUCUCAGAAAUGAGGCUCUCCUCGUCAGCAGAGGGGAAACUGGAACUAUAACAGACGUGUUGCUGGGUAUGAGAGAUGGUGACAAUCCUCAAGAUGUAGUGCUAAUGGUUUUAGAGCCCCCACGCCAUGGGCAGCUGGUCAAACCUCCUAGGGACUUGGCUUCUUCAGUCCACGUAUUUCACCUCAGUGACCUUGCCAGGGGUCUCCUACGUUAUGCUCACGAUGACUCUGACAGCCAGGAUGACACAAUGCUUUUGCAAGUGAACGAUGGGUACCACUUCCAGAACAUCCUGUUCUACAUUAAGAUUGCUCCCAAGAGUGACGGACGCCCUCAGCUGGUGACAAACUCCCUGGUCUGGGUGCCCCUGGGAGGCAUGCUACAGAUCUCCAAGAGAAUUCUGCAGGCUGAGGUGCCCGGUGCUCGUGACUCUGAGAUAAUCUAUAGCAUCGUCAAGGACCAGCCAAGAUACGGUGAAGUAGUGCUCCUGGUCCCAAUGCCAGCAGAUGGCCCAGCAGACUCAUGGCAGCUUUUGCCUGAUGGAAGAGCAGUCUCGCCUACAACAUCUUUUACCCAGCAGGACAUCAAUGAAGGCAUUGUGUGGUACAGGCACUCCGGAUCUCAAGUGGAGAGUGAUUCCUUCCAAUUCCAGGUAUCUAGCUCUGCAGCUCCACCAGCCAACUUGGAAACCCACAUCUUCAACGUUGCCAUUCUCCCACGGACUCCCAGAGCACCUCAGCUUUCACUCGGCUCCUCUUUGCACAUGGCUGUGCUGGAGGACCGUGUGACAGUGAUUGAGCCCCAUCACCUCUCCUUUGUAGACCCGGAGAUUUCCAGUGAGAAAAUCCUGUUCAAUGUGACUGUCCCUCUGCUUCCCGGCCAAGGUAUUGUGGAGCACAAAGACAGGCCUCUCUCCCCAGUCCGGUAUUUCAGCCAAGCAGAUAUAAACAAUGGCAAGAUUGUGUAUCGUCCACCAACUUCAGCUCCUCACUUGAGAGAGAUCAUUGCAUUCUCAUUUGCGGGUCUUCCAGAGUCAGUGAACUUCCGAUUCACAGUGUCUGAUGGCGAACACACAACCCCAGAGAUGGUAUUUGUCAUUCAUUUGCUGUCUGCGGAGCAACAGCCUCCAGUCUUCCAGAUCACUGCUCCAUUCCUGGAGGUCAGCCAGGGGGGAAAGGCUGCCAUCGGGAUCCAGUUGGCGGUGAGCGACACAGACACAGCUCCUGAGGGUCUCUUUUUUGAGCUGGUGAAACCUCCCCACCACGGCAUUGUGCUCAAGUACAGUGCAGGAGUGCAGGAACACAUGGGAGCGGGUGACACCUUCACCUAUGAGGACGUCACUCGAAAUGCUCUGCAAUACGUCCAUGAUGGUUCGUCAACAGCAGAGGACAGCAUGGAAAUCUCUGUCACUGAUGGUGUCACCACGGUGACAACAGUGCUGAGGGUGGAGGUGUCCCUGCUGGAUAACAACGGUCCACAGCUGGCCCCAGGCUGCCUGUUAGCAAUGACUGUGGCUAGUAAAAGCUCUGUGACUCUCUCUCGGCUGCACCUCGCUUAUAUUGAUAAUAAUUCUCCUGACUCAGAGAUAAGAAUCCAGUUAAUAUCUCUGCCCACAUACGGCACUCUCUUACGAACUUCUGGCUCUCGUGAUGAAGAGCUUUCCAAGGUUUAUAAUUUCACCAUGGAAGACAUCAACAACCAGAGGAUCAGCUACUCCACUGUGUUUGAAACCGGCGAUCAACCAGUCACAGACAUCUUCCACUUCACUGUUUUUGAUGCUGAUAACAACCGGCUUGACAGCCAGAUGUUUACCAUCACUAUCACAUCUGCCCAGACAGUGCUAUCACUCAUUGCUUUUGCUGACCACAUUACUGUGGAUGAGGGGGGCAGGGUCCCACUGCUGGCUCAUCACCACUUAGCUGCUGAUUAUGAUACUGCUGUCAAGGAAGACCUGCAGGUCACAGUUAUUACUUUACCUAUGUAUGGCUACAUUGAAAACACUAAGACAGGUGAGAGUUUUGGCCCACAGGGUGCUAUGGCCAUGGAUGCAUCCUUCUCUAUUCAAGACGUUCUAGAGAACAGCAUUUACUAUUUUCAGAGUGUCCAUGAAAGCAUCGAGCCAACAAAUGAUGUUUUCAGCUUUUAUGUGAGCAACGGCUUCAGCCAGUCUGAGGUGCACAGCAUUAAUAUCACUAUUCAGCGACAAAAUGAUGAGCCCCCAAAGAUGAUGCUGGAGCCUGUCAGAAUGCAGGAGGGCUCAGGCGUGGUGGUUACCAAUGCCUCCCUCAGCCUGCAGGACUUGGACACCCAGGACAGUGAACUUGUCAUUGUGGUUACAAAAACUCCUGACCAUGGUUAUCUCCGCAGGAGGCAGGCUGCUGGGGAGCCCAUGGAUCAUGGGCUUGUGCUGUCCCAGGGCUCAUCCUUCACCUACCAGGACAUUUUGGAUGAGUUGAUCGUUUAUACUCAGAGUGGUGCAGCGGCGCAGACGGAUGAGUUUGGAUUCUCCAUCACAGAUGGUUUCUACACCCAGGUGGGGAGGCUGGAGUUCUCCAUGGAGCUGCAGAAGAACGAGCCACCCAAAUUAGUCGUCAACAAGGGCCUGCAGCUUUCUGCUGGCUCUGCAGCACGCCUCACAGAUCAGCACUUGAAAGUGGCAGCUAUUAAUUUGGAUGACACAAAGGUCAAAUUUGUCAUGAAGAAGGAUCCCAGCGUCGGCAGUCUGCAGUUGACCGAAAGUGAUAAUCAAGUCCAGAUCUCUGCUAAUGGACCAGUCAAAAGUUUCACCCAGGCUGAUAUAAAUAAAGGGCAAGUGACAUACAGUCACAAGAAAGGGGAUCCCAGCGGAAGUUUUGCUUUCACCUUUGAUGUGAUUGAUGCAGACGGCAACAAACUGAUGGACCAGUUUUUCUAUAUUAGUGUAUUAGAGGACAGGCUCCCCCCCUCCAUCAUCACUAACAAGGGGCUGGUCUUGGAUGAGAACUCGAUGAAGAAGAUUACAACCCUGCAGCUCUCUGCCACUGAUCAGGACAGUGAGCCAGCCAAGCUCUGGUUCCGGCUCAUCAGGCAACCACAGCUGGGGCACCUGGAGCGCGCCACCUCCCCAGGGACAAGAAUAAAUUCUUUCAGCCAGGCAGACCUGGCCUCUCGUAACAUCCAAUACGUCCAUACUAGUGACACUGAAAAGCAUGCCGAUGCAUUCACCUUUUCUGUGUCUGAUGGAACGAAUGAGGUGAGCCAGACAUUUGACAUCACCAUUAACCCUGUGGAUGACUCCCUACCGAUAGUGCAGAGCCCUGGGAUGAGAGUUCAGGAAGGUGUGAGAAAAACCAUCACGGAGUUUGAGCUUAAAGCAACAGAUGCUGACACAGAGGCUGAGUCAAUCACGUUCACAGUUGUGCAGCCCCCCCAGCAUGGCCUGAUUGAAUGCACUAACAAUGGCCAGCGCUACCACCAAGCCACUACCUUCACGAUGGAUGACAUCUACCAGAACCGCAUCAGCUACAGUCAUGAUGGCAGCAGCUCCCUGAAGGAUCACUUCACUUUCACUGUGUCUGAUGGGACCAAUCCCUUCUUCAUUGUGGAGGAUGGGGGAAAGGAGGUCGUGACGGCAGCACCGCAGCGCUUCAAAGUGGACAUUCUCCCUGUGGAUGAUGGAACACCCAGGGUCAUCACCAACCUGGGCUUGCAGUGGCUGGAGUACACAGAUGGCAAGGCAACCAAUGUAAUCACUAAGAAGGAAUUACUGACGACAGAUCCUGACACAGAUGACAAACAGCUGAUCUAUGAGAUAACAGCAGGUCCCAGACAUGGUUAUGUGGAGAGCAAGCUGAAACCAGGGACAACUGUGACCACUUUCACUCAGGAGGAUGUGAACCACGGCCUCAUUCGAUACGUGAUGCAUGAGGAGAAGGUUCAGGAGAGUGUGGACAGCUUUCAGUUCCUAGUGAAGGACAGCAAGCCUAAUGUGGUCAGUGGCAAUGUCUUCCAUAUCCAGUGGUCUCUCAUCAGCUUUACAUACACCAGCUACAAUGUCAGUGAGAGUGCAGGCUCUGUGAGUGUCACCGUGCAGCGGAUUGGUAACCUCAACCAGUAUGCAAUUGUCUUGUGCCUCACGGAGCAGGGAACGGCCACCUCCAGCGCCGGUUCACAGCCUGGAGAGCAGGACUACGUGGAGUACGCAGGACAGGUGCAGUUUGAGGAGUGGGAGGACACCAAGGCCUGCACCAUCGUCAUUAAUGAUGAUGUCGUCUUUGAGAGCACGGAGAGCUUUGCCGUGGAGCUCAGCAUGCCAGCCUAUGCCUUGCUGGGAAACAUCACCCGGGCCACAGUCUUCAUCACUGAUGCCGAGGACGAGCCCACCCUGCAGUUCGACAGGAAGAUGUACCGCAUCAGUGAGAGUGCUGGUUUGCUCUCUGCUCCCGUUGAAAGGAAAGGGGACAACAGCAACACUGUGUCUGCCAUUUGUUACACUGUCUCCAAAUCAGCCAAGGGAAGCAGCAUUUAUAGGCUGGAGCCUGGCUCUGACUUCAAGUCCCGGGGGAUGACAGAUGAGAACCGCAUUGUUUUGGGGCCGGGUGUCACCAUGUCGACAUGUGACGUCACACUGAUUGAUGACAGCGAAUACGAAGAAGAGGAGGAAUUUGAGAUUGUAUUGGCUGAUGCUUCCGAUAAUGCCCGCAUUGGAAGCCUGGCUUCAGCCAGCGUCUUCAUCAGUGGUCCCAAUGACGCCUCUACUGUGUUCCUGGGAAAUGCUACUUUCACCGUCAGUGAGGCUGCAGGAAACAUUGAAAUUCCAGUCCUGCGACAGGGACCUGAUCUUUCCAUCCCCAUCUCUGUGUGGUGCGCCACUCGGACAUCAGACCCUCCAUCUGCCAGCCCAGGAAUUGACUAUAUCCCCAGCUCCAGGAAAAUAGAGUUCAGGCCAGGGAGGACAGAAGAGUCCUGCACUCUGACGAUCCUGGACGAUGCUCAGUACCCGGUGAUAGAAGGACUGGAGACAUUUGUUGUAUAUCUCAGUUCACCCCAUGGAGCUGAGUUGAAAAAGCCUUUCCAAGCAAUAGUGGCCAUUAAUGACAUCUUCCAGGAUGUACCCAGUAUGCAGUUCAGCAAGGAUGUGUUCAUGGUGAAGGAGAAGGAGGGUGUCCUGCACAUCCCCGUCUUCCGCACAGGGGACCUGAGCUAUGAGUCUUCUGUCAGGUGCUACACCCAGAGCCAGACAGCAGUGGUCAUGGAGGACUUUGCAGAAAGGAGAGAUGCAGAGGAGUCCCGCAUCACUUUUUUGAAAGGGGAGAAGUUAAAGAACUGCACUGUUUACAUCAGUGAUGAUUCUGCCUUUGAACCAGAAGAGCAGUUUCGGGUCUAUCUUGGUAGCCCACUUGGAAACCACUGGAGUGGAGCUAGGAUUGGGAAGAUGGAUAUGGCAACUGUAACUGUCACCAAUGAUGAAGAUGCACCCACCAUUGAGUUUGAAGAAGCUUCCUAUCAAGUGCGGGAACCCCCUGGCCCAGAGGGUGUUGCUGUUUUAAAUAUCAAGGUGGUCCGGAGAGGGGAUCAGAACAGGACCUCAAAAGUCCGCUGUAGCACCCGUGAUGGCUCAGCUCAGGCUGGAGUGGAUUACUACCCCAAGAGUCGAGUGCUCAAAUUCAGCCCAGGUGUGAAAUACAUCAUCUUUAAGGUGGAGAUCAUGUCCAAUGAAGACCGGGAGUGGCAUGAGUCCUUCUCGCUGGUGCUAGGUCCAGAUGAUCCAGUGGACGCUGUUCUUGGAGAUACCAGCACUGCAAUAGUGACUAUUUUGGAUCAAGAGGCAGCGGGGAGCCUGAUUCUUCCGGCACCCCCUGUGGUUGUCACCCUGGCUGAUUAUGACCAUGUGGAAGGAGCUACCAAAGAGGGUGCUAAGAAAUCCCCUUCCCCAGGCUAUCCACUCAUCUGUGUCACUCCUUGUGACCCUCACUUCCCCAAGUAUGUGGUCAUGAAGGAACGCUGCAGUGAGGCUGGGAUCAAUCAGUCUUCAGUACAGUUCAGCUGGGAAGUAGCAACCCCCACGGACGGUAACGGGGCCAGGUCACCUUUUGAAACCAUCACUGACAAUACGCCAUUCACUAGCGUCAACCAUAAGGUGCUGGACAGCAUUUAUUUCAGCCGACGGUUCCACGUGCGCUGUGUGGCCAAGGCUGUGGACAAGGCUGGCCAUGUGGGGACCCCCCUGAGAAGCAACAUAGUUACCAUCGGGACAGACAGUGCCAUUUGUCACACCCCAGUAGUAGCAGGAACGGCCCGAGGUUUCCAGGCACAGUCGUUCAUUGCCACUCUGAAGUACUUGGACGUCAAACACAAGGAACAUCCUAAUAGGAUCCACAUCUCGGUGCAAAUUCCUCAUCAGGAUGGGAUGCUACCCCUCAUCUCCACCCUGCCGCUGCACAAUCUGCAUUUCCUGCUCUCUGAGUCUAUCUACAGGCACCAACAUGUCUGCUCAAACCUAGUCACCAUCCGAGACCUUAAAGGCAUCUCAGAGGCAGGAUUCCUGGAUGAAGUGACCCAGGACAGUAUCGUUCUUGGUCCUGGGUAUGACCGUCCCUACCAGUUUGACCCCACAGUGAGAGAGCCAAAGACAAUCCAGCUCUACAAACAUCUCAACCUGAAGAGCUGUAUUUGGACUUUCAACGCUUAUUAUGACAUGACCGAGUUAAUUGACAUCUGCGGAGGCUCUGUAACUGCUGACUUUCAGGUACGGGACUCUGCUCAGUCCUUCUUAACAGUCUACGUCCCACUCUAUGUGUCCUACGUUUACGUGACAGCACCGAGAGGCUGGGCGUCUCUGGAGCAUCACACCGAGAUGGAGUUCUCCUUUUUCUAUGAUACUGUUCUCUGGAGAACAGGGAUUCAGACAGACAGCGUGCUCUCAGCCCGGCUGCAGAUCAUCAGGAUUUAUAUCCGUGAGGAUGGCCGUCUGGUGAUUGAGUUCAAGACGCAGGCCAAGUUUAGAGGGCUUUUUGUAAUGGAGCACCACAGCCUGCCAGAUGUGAAGUCUUUUCUAAGAACACCCGAGCACCUGGGAGGGAUCGAAUUUGACCUGCAGCUGCUGUGGAGUGCGCAGACGUUCGACUCGCCCUACCAGCUCUGGAGAGCCACCAGCUCCUAUAACAGGAAGGACUACUCUGGAGAGUACACGAUCUUCCUCAUUCCCUGCACUGUACAGCCCACACAGCCAUGGAUCGAGCCCGGAGACAAGCCCCUGCCCUGCACCGCUCAUGCCCCUGAACGAUUUUUGAUCCCAAUUGCCUUCCAGCAGACAAACCGCCCAGUUCCUGUUGUCUACUCCCUAAACACAGAGUUUCAACUCUGUAACAAUGAGAAAGUGUUUUUGAUGGAUCCCACCAAAUCUGAAAUGUCUCUGGCGGAAAUGGAUUACAAAGGGGCAUUUUCAAAAGGUCAAAUCCUGUAUGGCCGCGUGCUCUGGAACCCCGAACAAAACCUAAAUGCUGCCUACAAGCUACAGCUGGAAAAAGUCUACCUCUGUACUGGCAAGGACGGCUACGUGCCUUUCUUUGACCCAACAGGAACUGUGUAUAAUGAGGGACCCCAGUAUGGCUGUAUUCAACCCAACAAGUACCUCAAGCACAGAUUUCUCCUCUUAGACCGAAACCAACCAGAAGUAACUGAUAAGUAUUUCCAUGAUGUCCCUUUUGAUGCCCACUUUGCUUCUGAAUUAUCUGAGUUUCAUUCAGUAAGCAGCAUGCCUGGAGUCGAUGGAUUUACUCUCAAGGUGGACGCUCUCUAUAAGGUGGAAGCUGGCCAUCAGUGGUACCUUCAAGUCAUCUACAUAAUUGGCCCAGAGAGUAUUGCAGGGCCUCGUGUUCAGCGAUCUCUCACUCACCGCUUGAAACGUGGCCGCAGGGACUUGGUCGACAGUGACGGGAGGCUGAUGCUGGACGACUCCUUGGUCUAUGACAAUGAAGGCGACCAGAUCAAGAAUGGCACCAACAUGAAAUCGCUGCUCUUGGAGAUGGAGGAAGCAGUUGCUGCAGCCUCCUUGUCGCAGACAGGCACUUCCCUCGGGAGUGCAUUCGCUGCCGUCAUGCUGCUGGUGCUGGUGCUUUUGGGAGUUUGCUUCAUCACCAGGAAGUGUCGAAAGCUGCAGAGGAGGAAGGAGGCAGCCAGAGCCAUUGCAGAGGAGCAUCCCCUGAACACCAAGGUGGAGCUGCCCAAGGGAGCGGGGAAGGCUGUGAACAGCCAGUACUGCACCGUGAGGAAUAUCAACAUCCUGAGGGAAACGGGGGGCGCCCCGAAGGUGAAGGGCGGGAAGGUGAAGCAGGUGAACUUAGAAGUCAAAGUCCACAGCAAUGUGCCCGAUGGAACAGAAGUUUAAUGAGACGCACACUUUUAUUUUGUAAAGGCUUUUUAUAAGUUUCAAAAACAGAAAAAAAAGAAGAAGAGAAAAUAUAAGAAAAACUAUGCUGGUAUUUUUAUAUACUUCUGAGAAAAAUGGGUGGCUUUCGCUUUGAGUGAUGAUCUCAAACCUCUGCUCACGACUGAUCUCCCUCGUUGCCCACAACUGCUGGAGCUGGGCAGGGCAGACAAUGCUGAGCUCUCCAUGUGCGUCUCCGCCACGCUCCUUUACUUCACGCUUUGCCACUUCUGUAACUACGUCCCUGGGAGCCAAACACCUCCCUGUGGAGCAGGGGCAGCUCGGGCAGAGUGGGUCUGUGCCACUCGCUGCAUUUGCACCAGGGGAGCGAUGCUGCAGCCUUGCCUCAGGCUCGGGGCUGCU